AACUCAAUCUCUCAGAGUACCGGCAGAGAAUAAGAAGUGCACAGAGUAGUACUUGCCCCUCCCCUAACCAUACGGACUCUGUGCAGACCUCGCCAAAGCAAGGUGACUUGCCGGUGUCUGAUCUGGUCCAGAAGAUGGAGGAGGCCAAGACUGAGGAGGAGAAGUCAGAUCUUGCACCUAAAAAUAAUGCUGUUGAUACAGUAGAGCCAGAGGAAGACACAGAGGAAGGAGAACUGAAGGGGGAUUCUGACCCAGAGGUUCCUAUGAACCAGCUGGCAGAGAAGGCAGCUGAAGUCUACUGUGCAGUAAACAGGACACCGGAAAAGACAAUGCUGCCUGUUCAGCCAACCUCCUGCAGCAGCAUGGGCUCAACAAGCUCUCGUGAUGGCAGAAGGAGAAACUCCAGGACUUGCUCAAUGAGAAGGUGGUCAUCCUCAAGCAGAAGCAGAAGCCGAAGUAAGAGUCCCUUGAACAGCAAAAAGAACCACCUGUCUCGCAAACACAGAUCCUCGCGCGGGAAGAGAAGAAGGCGUCACAGGAAUUCCCACUCGUCGGUAUCUCCACACAGCUCCUCCAGAAGAAGGUGGUCCAGAUCUCGGUCACGCUCCAGGUCCAGAUCUAGGUCGAGGUCGAGGUCGAGGUCGAGGUCGAGGUCUAGGUCAAGGUCGAGGUCGAGGUCGAGAUCCAGGUCAAAGGGGCGAUGCUCCUCCACAUGUAGUUCAUCCUCGUGCUCAAGCUCAAAAUCUAGGUCAAGGUCUCGCUCUACUAGGACACGAGAUAGGUGGGGAUAUUCGCGUAGAUACUCUAGAAGUCGUGACAGAAGACGCAGAUCUCACAGUCGCUCAAGAUCACGUUCUUCAUCGCGCUACAGCAGAGUCACACGUUCCCGCUCACCCGUCUGGGGGAACAGAAGAUCCCACUCACCCUCUCGACUUCCACCAAGAAUAAGGAGGCCGGAGGACGAAGAUCGAGUCAGACAAGUGGAAGAACGUCGUGUUAUAUACAUCGGUCGCAUCACGGAGGGGACCACCAAAGCAGAUCUGCGACGGCGAUUCCAAAAAUAUGGAACCAUUGUCGACAUUAGCGUUCAUUUUAGGGAACACGGGGACAACUAUGGGUUUGUAACAUUUAAGAAUAGGGAUGAAGCUUACCAAGCUGUUGAGAAUGGUAACGAGGAUCCCUCACUCCCACGCUACGACCUGUGCUUUGGGGGGAGGCGAGCCUUCUGCAAAGUUCAGUAUUCUGACUUAGAUGCCCAAAGCGAGUCAUACAUGGGGGGGCCUUUAGGAAGAGGUGCGUCACACGGGGACUUUGACACACUCUUGCGCGAAGCAUUGAAGAAGAAGAUACGAUGACCAUGGGGUUUUCUAGCAUUUACUUCUGUAGUAACUAUGUUUAGCUGACCAGUAGUGUUGGUUAGGAACAUGUGAUUAUAAUUUUUUUCUAAUAUUAUUCAUAGAUAUGUAAAUUAGUGUCAAAUUUUGCUAUGGAUUUUGCUUUUACUUUUUUUCUUCAUUAAAUACCUGAUACUCAUUUUGGUCUGCCAUUU